CAGGAUACCAGGGUACCAGGGGUGAAGAGAUAACUCAGAGAGUGAAAGGCCGCCCCCGACUGUCGGUAUAAAAGCGACCUGCGCCCGCGCAGCGCCCCCACUACACAACAUGGCUGCCAUCACACGAUUGACGUUACUAGCGCUGGCGUGCGCCUGCGCAACCGCGCAGUACGAGGAGGAGCGCGCGCCGCGGUACAUCGCCUCGGGGCCACAGAAGGUGGCGCCCACGCCAGUGGCCAUCCUCAAGCAGAUUAACAGGCACAACGAGGACGGGUCGUACACGUACGGCUACGAGGCGGGUGACGGCUCCUUCAAGAUCGAGACCAAGUCCCCCACGGGGGAGGUCAAGGGGAAGUACGGGUACAAGGACGAUACGGGGAAGGUCCGUGUAAUAGAGUACGGUGCCAACAAGUACGGGUUCCAGCCAGCGGGAGAGGGCAUCACGGUGGCGCCCCCCACGCUGGUUGAUGAGACUAAGGAGGAGGACGAGAGGCAGCGACAGAGGGAGCAGAACCAAGGCCAGCGCUCCCAGUACCGUGCGCCCGCGCAACAACAACAGCAACAGUCCAUAGACUACGACUACGAAGAGCCGGCGCCGACCCCCGCCCCGCGCCCCGCCUACCGCGCCCCGCAGCCCGCCUACCGCGCUCCACAGCCGGCCCCGCAGCAGCCUGCCUACAGGGCACCCGCCCAGACCGCGCCCGCUAGACCUAGGCCGAUAGUAGUACCAGGAGCGGCGCCCGCCCCCGACCAGGGCCCGCAGCAGUUCUUCAACCCCGCCCCCGCCGCCCCCGCGCCGCGCCCGGCGUACCGCGCGCCCAAGCAGCAAGAGUUCAGCUUUGACAGCUUCGGAGACGACUUCGGGCAAGGGUUCAGCCAGCCCGCGCCGCAGCCGCAGCAGCAGCAGCAGCCUAGGUACACCCAAGCUCCCAGCCAGUACCAGCCUCAGAGCCAGCCGUUCUCCAUGCUGGACCAGUUGCUCAAGGAGUACGCCCUGCCGGCGGGGGGCGCCGCGCCGCUGCACGACAUCACCUUCGGGUCUUAUUAGAGUAGUUAGAGGAACCUAGAGGACAAAGCUGAGUUGCAGGAAGGAAUUUAAGGCUAAUGUCAGCAUUAAAUUUGUGUUUGUCUCUUUCUGUUACUACUGUCAAAGCAAGGCAGCUAUAUAUUUAAGGUCGAACUUAGCUUGAAGUCCCUUUCUGCAACUCAACGUAAGGGAUCUCACACAAUUCUGCCGCCACGUUUGCUCAAAAGACGACAGUUGAAAUGGAUUCUAUAUGGCUUUAUGCUUGGAAAACUUGAAAAUCAUACUGGUCAGGCAUACAUGCGUUGUAAAACUUGACGGCAGAAUUGAUCGUGAGUGGGAUCCUUAAAACCUUGUGAGACGAUGCAAGUUUUUGGCCUGAGCUGAAGUGGUAAAGAACGACAACGGCCUUAACAUGAAAAUGUCAUAAUGGGGAAUUAUUUUCUGCAUUCAUCUCGUGUUGUACUGUGUGCAAGAUAUUUUCAUCGUCUUAUUAGGUGCCUGGACCACACUGCGACAGCAACAGCACCCCUAUUAUUGUAAAAGAAAGGGAUGUAUGUACAUGCACUAACUUCGGUUCAUUAUCACAAUGUGAGCCAGGCCUAAAAGUGUACGUACACUGCAGUUACUUUUUCAGGUCAUCAAAAAACUUUUUUGUAAUUCAAUACUACACUAUUACACGGAUUUUGAAAAGUGAACUGCAGUGUUAAUGCACUAAAUACCAACUCUGAUAAGGGCAGUUAGGAUUGAAGGUGUAGAGAACCUAGAUAGAGGGAUGUCCUACCACAUGAUCUAGCAGCAACCUUAUUCCCAUAUUAUUAGUACAAUAAUUCAAACAGUUUCCUAAAGUGAAGUACUGACUGCCAUAAGAUAUUCAAUUUCAUUAAGUUGCUUAUAGAUCUUGUGGUAGAAUUUUUGAUAUGGGAUACUACCGUGGAUUUACUGAUAUUUGAUCUCAAUCUACUGAUUUUUUUAAAUGAAUAUGUUUUACGUAUUUUGUGAAUGCAUUCGAACUUCUAGUAAAGAUCGAACUUUAGCAUAUCCCGGUAAAUUGUCAUUUCUAACUAUGUACUUAGUUAAGUAAUAAAACUUUUGUAAAUAUUUAGUAUACGAUUUUUUACACUUCAAA